AUGGCCUUUAGACCGCUGCUACGGCAGCGCGCCGUCGUUCCUGCCAUGGCCGCCGCCCUCUCCGUUGGCGCAGUCUUCGCACCACGAGCUGUAUAUGCUGAGGAGACCACUGUGGACCUUAACCGCAAGCCAAUCUACGACGACAUGCCUCUAGACACGACCGCUCCCACUCUCCCAGAGCCCUCCACCCCCUCUACUUCCACCCCCUCCUCGCCCUCCACCACACCCGUCGAGUCUUACCGCCCGACCCCCACCGAUCGUCUCGCAGUGCAGAUUAGCUAUGCGCGCAUGGCCCUUCACCAGCAAGUCGUCCGCAGUGAAGCCGCUGUCGACAACGCCCUGACCGAGACGCUACGCCUCGAGCACUCCUUCACAUCGACUAUCCGCUCGCUCGCCCCGCCCAAGGAGUCUGGCGAGAGGAUCUUCCCCGGUGCUUUGUACGUCCUCGUCGCAUCCAUGGCUGGCUCCAUUGUCACGCGGAACCGCAAUAUCCUGCUCCGUGCUACCGUGCCCGCCGCGGUCGGUCUUGGAGCUGCGUACGCCGUGCUGCCCAUAACCAUGAGGAACGUGGGUGAUCUCGCGUGGAAGUACGAGGAGAGGUACCCGGUUCUCGCCGACACCCACCUCAGGACAAAAGAGAGAAUCAGCAAGUUCAUCGAGACAGGGAAGGCACAUGCGGGCAUGACAGUCGGCAUGGUCGAGGGCAAGCUGACGGAGACGAGGGAGAACCUCGAGGGUUGGGUCAAGAAGGGUCGAUGA